UUCUCUCACGUCCCUCACUGACCAGUUGUGUCGUCGGUGUGUUGCAGACCGCGCGUCCUCCGCCGCUGAGUCGCGCCCGCAGCAGACGGACGGCCGCCCGCCGUUGACGGCCACCUCGUCCUUCGCGCGGCCACCACACCGCCUCAUCCUCGUCGUCCUCGUCGUCGUCCUCCUCCUCCCGGCCCCGGGAUGUCGUCCUUCAUCAACAGCAUCCUCUCGCACGAGGGCGUGAACGCGACGGUGGCGCUGGCCCGGCGCAAGAGCAGCAGCGUGACCAACACCGUGAGCCACGUCUUCGGCAAGGACGGCGAUGGCAAGGACAGCCAGCAGCAGCAGCAGCACCUGAACGGCGGCGCCCUGGUCAAGAGCAGCCACCACGCGCCCCCGCCCGGUGGCGGCUCCCCGCAGCACCUGGGGCCGUCGCCGGCCUCGCCCGCCCACCGCCGCCCGCUGCGCCUCAAGAAUGUCGCCACGCACGCCGAGGCCUUCGACACGCUGCACUUCAAGACCAUGCAGCCGCCGCCGUGCCAGCAGUCCCAGGCCUGCGUGGGGAGCAUCAUGUUCCCGCCGCUCAACCGGUUGGCGUCGGCGUCGGCGGCGGCGGCUGCGGCGGCCUCGGGGGCGGCCUCGGGGGCGGGCGGCGGCGCGUCGGGCUGCCCCGCGCUCAACCCCCAGCUCGCGGCCGCCGCUGCCGCCGCCGCCACGGGCACCUGCCGGCCCAAGGAGGAGGUGCUGGUGCACGCCAAGGACUUCCUCGACCAGUACUUCACCUCCAUCAGAAGGCACAAUAGUCCGGCUCACCAGGCGCGCUGGGAGCAGGUGCAGAAGGAGGUCAUGAAUAGCGGCACCUACCAGCUCACCGAGACAGAGCUGGUGUACGGCGCCAAGACGGCGUGGAGGAACUCGGCCCGGUGCAUCGGCCGCAUCCAGUGGUCCAAACUGCAGGUGUUUGACUGCCGGUCCGUGAGCACGACGACGGGAAUGUUCGAGGCGCUGUGCAACCACAUCAAGUACAGCACCAACAAGGGAAACAUCCGCUCGGCGCUCACGCUGUUCCCGCAGCGCACGGACGGCAGACACGACUUUCGCAUCUGGAAUGCGCAGCUCAUCUCGUACGCCGGCUACAAGAACCCCGACGGCACCAUCCUGGGCGACCCAAUGAACGUCGAGUUUACUGAGGUGUGCAUCAAACUUGGCUGGAAGCCCAAGAUGACCCGGUUCGACAUCCUGCCCCUGGUGCUGUCCGCAAACGGGCACGACCCGGACUACUUCGACCUGCCGCCCGACCUCGUCAUGGAGGUCGAGCUCAGCCACCCCACGUACAAGUGGUUCUCUGACCUGGGGCUCCGCUGGUACGUUCUGCCCGCCGUGUCAUCCAUGCUGUUCGACGUCGGCGGCGUCGAGUUCCCCGGAGCGCCCUUCAACGGCUGGUACAUGAGCACCGAGAUCGGCUGCCGCAACUUGUCCGACAUCAAGAGGUACAACAUGUUGGAGACGGUGGCGCAGCGGAUGGGCCUGGACACGCGGACGCCCAUCACGCUGUGGAAGGACCGCGCCCUGGUCGAGAUCAACGUGGCCGUGCUGCACAGCUUCCAGAGCCGCAACGUGACCAUCGUGGACCACCACACGGCGGCCGAGAGCUUCAUGAAGCACUACGAGAACGAGAACAGGCUGCGCAACGGCUGCCCCGCCGACUGGGUGUGGAUCGUGCCGCCCAUGUCCGGGUCGGUGACGCCCGUCUUCCACCAGGAGAUGGCCCUCUACGUGCUCAAGCCGUCUUACGAGUAUCAGGUCGGAUCAUGUUCAGAUGUGGUACUAAUAUUUUCCACCGAAGAACUUUCAGCUUUUCUAAAUUAUGCAUCAUUGACCGUUACUCAUCACAGCCUCCGUUUUUUUCCAGAGGCGCGGAGCAGGGAGAAGCUGCUUCUCGCCGUUAUUGUUGUUGUUGAUAUUAUUAUUAUUUGUUUGUUUCUCCUUCCUUCGCAAAGGGCGGUCAAGUUCACCUCCAAGCUGUUCGGGCGCGCGCUCUCGCGCCGCAUCAAGGCCACGGUGCUGUACGCCACCGAGACGGGCAAGUCGGAGGCGUACGCCAAGAAGCUGGGCGACAUCUUCGGCCACGCCUUCAACGCGCAGGUGUACUGCAUGGACGAGUACGACAUGAGCAGCAUCGAGCACGAGGCGCUGCUGCUCGUCGUCACCUCCACCUUCGGCAACGGCGACCCGCCCGAGAACGGACAGGUCAGUCGUUCUACUCUAUUAAAGUUUAACUAUGUUAGUACAGUGCGGAACCGCAGGUUCGCUGUGUUCUCCCUGGGCUCCUCGGCGUACCCCAACUUCUGCGCGUUCGGCCAGUACGUGGACAACCUGCUGGGCGAGCUGGGCGGCGAGCGCCUGCUCAAGAUGGAGUGCGGUGACGAGAUGUGCGGCCAGGAGCAGGCCUUCCGGAAGUGGGCGCCCGAGGUGUUUAGCGUGGCGUGCGAGACGUUCUGCUUGGACGACGACGACUCCUUCCUGGAGGCCACGAUGGCCUUCAAGUCCGAGAGCAUAUCCCCGUCCAGCAUCCGGUUCGUGGACGCCGAGCCCCAGGAGAUCGACCAAGGCCUCUCCCGCUGCCACAACCGGCGCGUGCGAGCGUGCAUGCUGCGCCGGCGGAGCAACCUGCACGGCAGCAACGCCUCCAGGGCGACCCUGCAGCUGGAGCUGGACGCGGGCGACGUCGAGUACCAGCCGGGCGACCACGUCGGCGUGUUCGCCAUCAACCGGACCGAGCUGGUCGACGGCAUCAUCGCGCACCUGCAGCAGCCCUGCGACCCGGACAAGGUGGUCGAGCUGCAGCUCGAGAAGGAGAGCCACACAUCCAACGGCGUGGUCAAGUCCUGGGAGCCGCACCCGCGCCUGCCGCGCGUGUCGCUGCGCAUGCUGCUGGCCCGCUUCCUGGACCUCACGACGCCGCCCACGCCGCAGCUGCUGCAGUGGCUCGCCACGCAGGCCACGGACCCCGAGGAGCAGCGCGGCCUCACCAUCCUGGCCACCGAGUCGGGCGCCUACGAGGACUGGCGCCACUGGCGCUUCCCGCACCUGCUCGAGGUGCUCGAGGAGUUCCCGUCCGUGCGGCCGCCCGCCGCCCUGCUGUGCGCGCAGCUGACGCCGCUGCAGCCCCGCUUCUACUCCAUCUCGUCCAGCCCGCUGGUGCACCGCGACCAGGUGCACCUCACCGUCGCCGUGGUCACCUACCGCACCAAGGGCGGCGAGGGCCCCGAGCACUUCGGCGUCUGCUCCACCUACCUGCAGCACGCCCCCGUCGAGGAGAACGUGUACCUCUUCGUGCGCAGCGCGCCCAACUUCCACCUGCCGACGGACAUCAGCAGGCCCAUCAUCAUGGUGGGCCCGGGGACUGGCGUCGCGCCCUUCAGGGGCUUCUGGCACCACCGCAAGGCGCAGCUGUCUGGAAAGCAGGAGUACCGCGUCAAGCCUCUGGAGGAGCGGACCCUCGACCUGGCGGUCCCCGUGUCUAAAAAGUCGUUCUCGGUCGAGGACCUGGUGCAGUUCUACGAGCGUUCCGACGCGGCGGUCGGCUCCAUGUGGCUCUUCUUCGGCUGCCGCCAGCGGGCGCUCGACCUGUACAAGGACGAGAAGGCCGCCAUGCUGAGGGACGGGGUGCUCGACCAGGUCUUCCUCGCGCUAUCGAGGGAGCCCACCAUAGACAAGACCUACGUGCAGGACCUGGUGCGGCGCGAGUCGGGCGCCGUGUACCGCAAGCUGGUGCUCGAGGGCGGGCACUUCUUCGUGUGCGGCGACUGCACCAUGGCGGAGCACGUGUACCAGACGCUCAAGCUCAUCAUCCAGGAGCGGGGCGCCAUGACGGACAGCCAGGUGGAGCGGUACAUGCUCAAACUAAGGGACGAGAACCGCUACCACGAGGACAUCUUCGGCAUCACGCUGCGCACGGCCGAGGUGCACAACCGGUCGCGCGAGUCGGCGCGCAGCCGCAUGGCCUCGCAGUCGCAAUAGAAGUUGCGUGUCCGCUCGGCGGGCGAGGCGGGCGAGGCGCAGGACGACGACGUCGACGCCCCCCUCAGCUCCAGGACCGCCGGCGGGCACGAGCCCAGCGCGCGGCAGCGGCUCAACACGGACUAGCGGGUCAUGGGCGUUACGAUACGGGCGACGGAGGCAUCCGCUGCUGCCUUCCGUCGCUGAUCACCGAAACAUUCCCAUCGACAGUUGGAACCACUGUGGGGGGGAAAGAGAGCAUGCGCUGACUGCAGUCACACUCAGCACAUUCAUCCGGGGGUGUUUAGUAAAUUUACCUUGCCGUUUUCUCCAACUCAAGGGCAAGACCGUAAUUGCACGACCAUUUCAGUCUGGAGCCUACUUGGUAGGUGCAAUUAUAUUUCAGUAUGAAACAAAGUACCUUAUUUUCUACUAAUUAAAAUUAAAUCCAAAGGUAGGUAUUGGAACUCUUUUCCCCAACCUUUUCUCUCAUCAAACUCCUGUUUAUUUUAAUUUGAGAAGCCCUCUGCUGUGCAUGCACUAUGAUUACUUCACAUGUUAAUUCUGUCAUUUUUGUUAGAAAUUAUAGCUGUACCUUACAGUAUUCCCUCUAACAAGCUACAAGAGCAAAUGCAAGAUGUGGAUUUAAGCCUAUCCUUUUUGGUGAAUAGAUAUAAACGUUUUCAAUCAUAAAAGUUAGUGUUACAUAGUUAACUUCAGAGAGUGGGAGACUAAGAUUUAAUCUCAUAUCAUGAUCCUUUUGUCAGUCUUUUUCUCAUUCUGCACUUAGAAGAAAGUUACCUCUUUAGCAUGUUUUGUAUUAUUUUCUUCAAUGCUAUCAUAAGAAAUGAGUGGUUUCUGUGCUUUUAUAAAGAUCGGCCACUGCAAUUUGCAAACAGCAUAUUAAAUAAUGUAUUGAUGUAUAGUUUUUAAACUUCUGAAAUCUAUUAAUUCCAUUGGUUAAUAUUUUAUAAAAUUGGAGGUCCUCACAUACCUUUUUGACUCUUUUGCUUUACCUUUUGCACUGAAAUAUUUGAUUGUUAUGAUAAAGUAUUUUAUUGCACUGUAAAUUAGAGGUGUUCAGUUAUUUAUUCAGCUGGCCCUCUCUCUUCAAGGGUGAAAUUAAAGGCCUAUUUGCAAUUUAUGUCGUAAGUCCUAAAAUUUGCAACAGAGAUAAGUGAUAAGCUGUAACUUUUUGGUGAUGUAAGUUCUGUUUUGUCAGAGUUUAUCCCUGCUAAUGAGUAUAGUUAGUACUGGUUAGCAGAGCUAUUUUCUGGUAACAAUUUCAAAAGUAGGCAAAAUUAUCUAAACCUAAUUAUUAGCCUAAUACUAUGGAAGGAAGCAAUAAGUAAUCAGUUGUAUCAUCACAGUGGGCUUUUACUGUACUACUUUCAAUAUCAUUAAAGGUUUUUUUAAGACUUGAUAUGAGAAACUUGCGCAAGGUUUCACUUUUUAUUGUGGCAGAUGUCUUCCGUACUCAAAUGUAAAUAAGUAGUAGUUUGGCUGUGACAUGGUGGGCGACAUAAUUUGAGAGAUUGAGUAAGAUUAUGCAACUACAAGGGGUAUCAUAUGUGGAUUUCAUGAAUGUGUCUUCUGAUACAAUUGUUUUAAAAUUUAUGCUAUACACAAUGUCGCAUUAUAUCCUAUUUUUCUACUUUGUUUGAGGGGCUAACUUUCUGUAAAGUCUAUUGUAUGUUGCAAGUUUGUUUUUUAAAUGUACUAUACUUCUUGUUACUAAAUAUAAAUAUUUUAACUUGCUCUGUGAUUAGGUAAGCAUUUAUUUUUCUUAAGUGUCUUUGGAAGUAAGUACAGUACAAAUAUUCUGCUUUGAAGUCUUCAAGCUUCUAUUGUGGAAAUUUUCAACCACCAGAUACAUCCAUUUUCAUUAAAUUCUUUUGUUGUUGGGUGGGGAAAUUGUACAUAUGCUGUAACAUUUGUACUAUAUACAAGAUGUUGUAUAGGCCAUCAAUGAGCUGAGCUCAUCAUCUUUAAAAUUUUGAAUACUCCCAUUUAUGAGUUCCUCUUUCCUUUGAGCAUUACUUCCUAUAUUUCUAAAGUUUGUCUUAAUUUUAUCAAAUUGGUUGUGCAAUAUGAAAAAGUAUACUUCAAAAUGGGGUGCUUAUCAGUGUAAAUAACUUGCAAGUGAGAGAAAGCACAUGCCAGUCUUCAUCUCAUUUAUUUACUAAUUAUUCUCUUAAGUAUUUUAAGGAGACAAAGCUUGUCUUUACUAAUAUUCUCAUAUCAGUCAGAUCUGCUGGAAUGAGAGAAAUACCCUAGAAUUUAGUGGCAUUUUCCUUCAAAGUGCUUAAAGGAGCCAAACUUGUCUUUGGUGGAAACCAAAAUGCAGCCUCGAAGUUGGAACGUCAAACACAUUGUGAUAUAGUUACGAUUGUGAAUGCUCCUUUUGGCUUGUUGAUAUCUGAAUAAAUGUAGUAUCAAACAUUCUUUAUCAAAUUUUCUUGUUUCUAUGAGGAAGUACUUUUCCAAUCACUAUAUAGAAGUUCUUGCGGGCAUAUUGCCUUAUGUUAAAUAAGCAAAAGUAAAUAAGAUUGAUGAUUUUUUUCUUUCUUUGA